CAGAAUCAAGCAUGAGGGAAUCACGUCCAUGGACCGACCUAUUACAUUCAGAAGUGAAAUGUCUCCAUUAACAAGAAUCAAGCAUGGGAGAGUCAUGUCACCUGCUCCUUCAUGUGUGUCCAUGAAAAGUGACCAGUCAAUGGAUCGACCAAUUGCAUUCAGUGAAGGUGAUGAACCACAGAAGAUUCCAUCACCAUGUCUGUCACUGAGGAGCAACCAGUCCAUGGACCGACCUAUUACAUUCAGAAGUGAAAUGUCUCCAUUAACAAGAAUCAAGCAUGGGAGAGUCAUGUCACCUGCUCCUUCAUGUGUGUCCAUGAAAAGUGACCAGUCAAUGGAUCGACCAAUUGCAUUCAGUGAAGGUGAUGAACCACAGAAGAUUCCAUCACCAUGUCUGUCACUGAGGAGCAACCAGUCCAUGGACCGACCCAUUACAUUCAGAAGUGAAAUGUCUCCAUUCACCGGGCACCAGCUGGAACAAUCAGUGUCUCCCUCAUCUGGCUGUUUAUCUCCACAAAGUGAUCAAUCAAAGGAUCGACCAGUUGCAUACUGCAAAGGAUUUCCAAGGGUUAAACUGGACAAGAUACCAUUACCAUGUCCAUCACUAAGGAGUGACCAAUCCAUGGACAGACCACUUGCAUUUAGACAAGAAGUCUAUUCUCCAGAUAUCAGUGAUCUGACAGCCAGUCUGCUGACAGAAGACCACUUCAGGUGUUCAGUGUGUACAGAGGUGCUGAAGAAUCCAGUCUCCAUUCCCUGUGGCCACAGUUACUGCAGGACAUGCAUUGAGACCUACUGGGAUAAACCAGACCAGACAGGAGGCUAUGCCUGUCCUCAGUGUAGGAAGAGAUCCAGAACCCGGCCUGUGCUUUACACAAAUUCAGUCUUGGCACUGGUGGUCCAGAAGCUCCAGCAGGCUGGUUUCAGUCCUGCUCUUCCUGCUCACUGCUAUGCUGGACCUGGAGAUGUGGCCUGUGAUUUCUGCACUGAGGGGAAACUUAAGGCAGUGAAGUCCUGUCUGACCUGCAUUGUCUCUCUCUGUGAGAAUCACGUGAGACAGCACUACACAAUACCAGCACUACAGAGACACAGUCUGGUGGAGGUGAAUGAAAACCUGGAACAAAAACUCUGUCAGCAGCACCAGAGAGCUCUGGAGGUUUUCUGCAAGACUGACCACGUUUUUGUUUGUCGCUCAUGUGCCAUGGAGGAGCACAAAAACCAUGAGAUUAUUUAUCCCAAAAAAGAGGAUGAUAUGGUGAGUAGGAGAACACUUGGUACUUUUACAGGAUCAAUUUCACUGAUUUUAUUCUCAAAUAUGUGGGAUUAUAGUAAUGAAUACAGUUGUGUAGAGAAUAUGAAGAAGUGA